GCUGUCCUCUGAAUACGUAGAGAGACAUGUUGAACAUGGAGGGAAGACUGUGGAAGUUAAAGGAGGAGAACAUUGCUACUACCAGGGCCGUGUCCGAGGAAACCCUGCUUCAUUUGUUGCAUUGUCAACAUGCCAUGGACUUCAUGGAAUGUUCUAUGAUGGGAACCACACCUAUCUCAUUGAACCAGAAGAGAAUGACACCUCCCAAGAGGAUUUCCAUUUUCAUUCGGUUUACAAAUCCAGACUGUUUGAAUUUCCCUUGGAUGAUCUUCCAUCUGAAUUUCAGCAAGUACACAUCACUCCACCAAAAUUUAUUUUGAAGCCAGCACCAAAAAGAAGUAAACGGCAGCUUCGUCGACAUCCUCGUAAUGUAGAGGAGGAGACCAAAUAUAUUGAACUGAUGAUUGUCAACGAUCAUCUCAUGUUUAAAAAACAUCGGCUUUCAGUUGUACAUACCAAUACAUAUGCAAAAUCGGUGGUGAACAUGGCGGAUUUGAUCUAUAAAGACCAACUGAAGACAAGGAUAGUAUUGGUUGCCAUGGAAACCUGGGCAGCUGACAACAAGUUUGCCAUAUCUGAAAAUCCAUUGAUCACCCUACGUGAGUUUAUGAAAUACAGGAGGGAUUUUAUCAAAGAGAAAAGUGAUGCAGUUCACCUUUUUUCGGGAAGUCAAUUUGAGAGUAGCCGGAGCGGGGCAGCUUAUAUUGGUGGGAUUUGCUCGUUGCUGAAAGGAGGAGGCGUGAAUGAAUUUGGGAAAACUGAUUUAAUGGCAGUUACACUUGCCCAGUCAUUAGCUCAUAAUAUUGGUAUUAUCUCAGACAAAAGAAAAUUAGCAAGUGGUGAGUGUAAAUGUGAGGACACGUGGUCUGGAUGCAUAAUGGGAGACACUGGGUAUUAUCUUCCUAAAAAAUUCACUCAAUGUAAUAUUGAAGAGUAUCACGACUUUCUGAAUAGUGGGGGUGGUGCCUGCCUUUUCAACAAACCUUCCAAGCUGCUCGAUCCUCCUGAAUGUGGCAAUGGCUUCAUCGAAACUGGAGAGGAGUGUGACUGUGGGACCCCUGCAGAAUGUGUCCUUGAAGGAGCAGAGUGUUGUAAGAAAUGCACCUUGACUCAAGACUCUCAAUGCAGCGAUGGUCUUUGUUGUAAGAAAUGCAAGUUUCAGCCUAUGGGGACUGUGUGCCGAGAAGCAGUAAAUGAUUGCGAUAUUCGUGAAACGUGCUCAGGAAAUUCAAGCCAGUGUGCCCCAAAUAUUCAUAAAAUGGAUGGAUAUUCAUGUGAUGGUAUUCAGGGGAUUUGCUUUGGAGGAAGAUGUAAAACCAGGGAUAGACAAUGCAAAUACAUCUGGGGGCAAAAGGUGAUGGCAUCAGACAAAUACUGCUAUGAGAAACUGAACAUCGAAGGGACAGAGAAGGGUAACUGUGGAAAAGACAAAGAUACGUGGAUACAGUGCAACAAACGGGAUGUGCUUUGUGGUUACCUUUUGUGCACCAAUGUUGGUAACAUCCCAAGGCUUGGAGAACUUGACGGUGAAAUCACAUCUACUUUGGUUGUGCAGCAGGGAAGAACAUUAAACUGCAGUGGUGGGCAUGUGAAGCUUGAGGAAGAUGUAGAUCUUGGCUAUGUGGAAGAUGGGACACCUUGUGGUCCCCAAAUGAUGUGCUUAGAACACAGGUGUCUUCCUGUGGCUUCCUUCAACUUUAGUACUUGCUUAAGCAAUAAAGAAGGCACUGUUUGUUCAGGAAAUGGAGUUUGCAGUAAUGAGCUGAAGUGUGUGUGUAACAGACACUGGGUGGGUGCAGACUGCAGCACUUACUUCCCUCACAAUGAGGACUCCAAGACUGGCAUUACUCUGUCUGGCAAUGGUGUUGCUGGUACCAAUAUCAUAAUAGGCAUAAUCGCUGGCACUAUCUUGGUGCUGGCCCUCAUAUUAGGAAUAACUGCAUGGGGUUAUAAAAAUUAUCGAGAACAGAGACAGUUACCCCAGGGAGAUUAUGUAAAAAAGCCUGGAGAUGGUGACUCUUUUUAUAGCGACAUUCCUCCCGGAAUCAGCACAAACUCAGCAUCUAGUUCUAAGAAGAGGUCUAAUGGGCUUUCUCAUUCUUGGAGUGAAAGGAUCCCAGACACAAAACACAUUUCAGACAUCUGUGAAAAUGGACGACCUCGAAGUAACUCUUGGCAAGGUAACCUGGGAGGCAACAGAAAGAAAAUCAGAGGCAAAAGAUUUAGACCUCGGUCUAAUUCAACUGAGAGGGAGCCCCAAGCACCUGAGCCUGGGCACUCCCUCGCCCAGACAGUCCCAUCCCAAGGCAUAAGCCCAGGGGGCUCUGACAGCCCCCAGACAGGGAGUCUGGAUCACAGGACUCUAUCUCCUGCCAAGUCUCCUUCUUCAUCAACUGGGUCUAUUGCCUCCAGCAGAAAAUACCCAUACCCAAUGCCUCCACUUCCUGAUGAAGAGAAGAAAGUGAACCGACAAAGUGCCAGGCUAUGGGAGACAUCCAUUUAAGAUCCACUGUUUACAUGUGAUACAUCAAAACUGUUUACUUCAACUUUUAUAGAAACCCAGCCUCACAGAAUCACUGCAAAUCUAUCUGCUCUUCAGACAAUACAGACCCUCUGAGAUGCCACAGAGGAGAGGAAGCCGAGUCUCACGUCUGGAUACCAUUUUCUUUUUGUCAUUGGCUUAGGAUUUAACUGAACCAUGAAAAGAACUACUGAAAUGUUACACUAUAACAUGGAAAAAUAAAGGUACCGGUAUGUUAAUGGAUAAUCCGCAUGACAGAUACAUGUAGAAAUCUCACUAAAAUUAACUCAUGACCCAAAUGUAGCAAGUUUCCUAAGGGACAAUAAUGGAUUCAGAACUGACAUUCUGAAGCACAUCCUCAUUGUAGACAGUAAUGCUAUGUGCAUGAAGCUUCUGUUUAUUGCUUUCCACAUUUAAGGAAACAACAUCCCAUAAUAGAAACUAGCAUGCAGGGCUAAGGCAUAUAGGAUUUUUCUGCAGGACUUUAAAGCUUGAGAGGCCAAUAUCCCAUAUGCUUACUCGAAACAUGUAUCUUUAUUUUUGUUUUUUUACUUUUCAUAUUUAUAUCAGCAUACAAGGACAAUUGUACAUAUGUAAACAUUUUUAAAAUAAAAAAAGCAACUGUUACA